AUGGCUACAGUUACAGAGCAGAUAAAUAUUGAAAAGCUGCAGCUCAGUGAUACAGAAGCCUCCAAAGUGUCUUUCGAGCCCUUUGAGCUUCCUUCCUCGAACCAGCGGGUACUUGGGCCACCACACCCUCCGAACACAGUGAUCCCUCUUGCCUGCCGGGAGGGAAUUUUCACCCAAAAGCUCGCGCGUCACGGCACGUUGCUGUUUCGAGGACUACCCAUUCACAAUGCUGAGGACUUUAGCAAGUUUGCCCUUGCCUUUGGAUACAAGCCACACGAGAUCAUUGGAAUAGUUGUUGACAGGCCCCUACUGGCACCUAAUGUUGCACCCGCGAACGAAGCACCGAAAGAAGUACUCAUUUACAACCACAAUGAAUCUCCACAAGUUCCUCACGCACCGGAGUAUAUAUUUUUCUACGGCCAUCGUGCUCCAGGUAGAGGAGGCGAGUCACCCAUUUCGUCUUCGCUGGAGUUAUUCAAUCGCGCCCAGCAAGAAAUACCCGACUUUAUCGCUGAGAUCGCUGAGAAAGGCAUUCUCAGCAGGGUGACUUACAAAACCGACAAGCAAUACGAGGGAGGCUCGACCCUUCGCCAAGCAUUCGGCAAAGAAAUCGUUGAAGGAGACGACGAGGAAACCAAGAAGCGAAAAAUAGAAGCACAGAUUGAAAGAUAUGGACGGGGUAAAUAUACAACCUGGGAGUGGACAGAUGAUGGGUUGGUGCUCGAGCAUCGCCUACCUGUGAUCCGGACUCAGCCUGGAACCAACUUGCCCUCCCUAUUCACAGGGCUGGCAUCCUAUUGGAAACGGGCGCAGGUUGAUGUUGACGCGCGACGAAACGUUACCCAGCAGCUGUACGGCGAUGGAUCGCUGAUCCCGGAGAAGUAUCUUGCGCAUCUGGCCAAGAUCACAGAUGAGAUUCGAGUGUUGCAUCGUUGGGAAGAGGGCGAUGUGCUUGUCUACGACAAUAUUAUUGCUCAACACGGGAGAGAGCCGUGGCAAGGAGACCAGAGCGAUCGGGUGGUUCUAGCCAGCUUGUUUGAUGGCGAGAAUGUUCCUGGUCCAUAUGGGUUUGGUGGCUGGGCUCGGGUUGUGCAGGCUUCGGAAUGA